CUUUUGGGUGGGGAAAGAAGCCUCGCUGUGGAAUAGAUUCAAAUCAGAACUCCUCGGAUGCUCCUGUUGGGUUUGGUCCUAGCAGUGACGGCGUUUGUUUUCCCCGUAGUCGCCUUCCUGGGGUUGCGCAAAGCCUAGGAACAGGGAGGGCAUUAGGACCGGGAGCGAGGCGAGCGCACGCCCGCCCGCGUCUGGCAGAGCCUCGCAGCCGGCUGUAUGAGGAGCUCUGUGUGAAAGGAAAUCAGGCGCUACUUGCCGGCUCCACAUCUGUUGAACCGACCUGACUUGAAGGGUCCAAAGGAGGACAGCUGUCAGCUCUGCGGGACUGAGGACCCAUCAGCUCCCCUCAUACAUCUUAUAGCCACCUGACCACGCAUACAAGGGGGAAAACGAAACACGUGGGACUAGACCCCUGAGCAAAAUGAAAUCAUUAUUUUUCCCCCCAAAAGGAAAGGGGCAUCAAAGGGGGGCAAACAGUUCAAUUUGAAGUCCCUGUGAAUGGUCUUUCGGAAGGCAAUUGACAUUUGCUCAGAGAGCAUUUGUGGUGGGAUUGAGUCCGCGGCUUUCUCGGCUUUCUGGUUGUAAGUGGAAGCCGGUCUUACGCUGCCGGCAGAUGUCAGUCGGGACGGGAGAAGGAGCAGAUUAAGUGACUGGCAAAAACAAACAAACAAACUUCCAGGUAGACCCAGGAAGCCAGGUUCUGCUGCCAGCUUGAAGGAACCUGGAGCAGGAGGCGAAAGUGAACUUGAACAUGACUUGUUGCAUUUGGCAAGUUCCAGCAACAUGUUCGUAAGGAAGCGAGGCAGGCACGGACCCUGCAGACUGCAGUUCCUGCUGCUCCUCCUGAUGCUGGGAUGCACGCUGCUGAUGCUGGAGGUGCUGCACCCUCCCCCGCACGCCCGGCCCCCGGUUGUCACGGCCCAGGUCGCCGAACGCAGCCCCGAAGCCGGGUACCGCCUGAACUUUGGGGAAUCUCAGGAGUGGGUGCUGGAGUCCGAGGAUGAGGACCAAGAGUACGGCCCCCUGGAGGGCCUGCCACCCUUUAUCUCCCUGAGGGAGGAUCAGCUCUUGGUGGCCGUGGCCUCGCACAGGGCCAGAAGGAACCAGAGCCAGGGCAGGAGAGGUGGCAGCUACAGGCUCAUCAAGCAGCCGAGCAGGAGGCAGGACGAGGAGGUCCGGGAGAGGGACUGGGGGGCUGAGGAGGAGGAUGGGGAGGCAUCUGAAGAGGAGCUGACCCUACGAGGCCUGGAGGAGGCGCUCAGUGCCCGCAUCCCCCUGCAGAGGGCGCUGCCUGAGGUGUCUGCAGCAGCAUCCUGAGGACAGCCUGCCCACAGCCAGCGUCAUCCUCUGUUUCCAUGACGAGGCCUGGUCCACCCUCCUGAGAACCGUGCACAGCAUCCUGGACACAGCGUCCAGGGCCUUCCUGAAGGAGAUCAUCCUGGUGGACGACCUCAGCCAGCAAGGACAACUCAAGUCAGCGCUCGGCGAAUAUGUGGCCCGGCUGGAGAGGGUGAAAUUGCUCAGGAGCAACAGGAGGCUGGGCACCGCCCGGGCCCGGAUGCUGGGGGCUGCCAGGGCCACCGGGGAUGUGCUGGUCUUCAUGGACGCCCACUGCGAGUGCCACCCGGGCUGGCUAGAGCCCCUUUUGGGCAGAAUAGCUGGCGACAGGAGCAGAGUGGUGUCUCCAGUCCUAGACGUGAUUGACUGGAAGACUUUCCAGUAUUACCCCUCCAAGGACCUGCAGCGUGGGGUAUUGGACUGGAAGCUGGAUUUCCACUGGGAGCCUUUGCCAGAGCACGAGAGGAAGGCCCUCCCAUCCCCCAUCAGCCCCAUCAGGACCCCUGUGGUGCCCGGCGGGGUUGUGGCCAUGGACAGACAUUACUUCCAAAACACUGGAGCCUAUGAUCCUCUCAUGUCACUGCAGGGUGGCGAAAACCUCGAACUGUCUCUCAAGGCCUGGCUCUGUGGAGGCUCCGUUGAAAUCCUUCCCUGCUCCCGGGUGGGACACAUCUACGGACCUCAGGAUGCCCACUCACCCCUCGAGCAGGAGGCCGCUCUGCAGAGCAAGGUCCGCAUCGCUGAGACCUGGCUGGGCGCCUUCAAGGAAACCUUCUACAGACACAACCCAGAGGCCUUGUCCUUGAGCAAGGCUGGGAAGCCGGACUGCACAGAACGCCAACAGCUGCAGAGGAGGCUGGGCUGUCGGACCUUCCACUGGUUUCUGGCCAACAUCUAUCCUGAACUGUAUCCAUCCGAACGCAGGCCCAGGUUCUCUGGAAAGCUCCACAACACCGGACUCGGCUUCUGUGCGGACUGCCUGGCGGAAGGUGACGUCCUGGGCUGUGCCAUGAUGCUGGCUCCUUGCAGUGACAGCCAGCCGCAGCAGCACCUGGAGCACCCAGGCAGGAAGGAGAUCCGCUAUGGCAGUCCGCAGCACCUGUGCUUUGAUGUCAGGCGGGAGCAGGUGAUUCUUCAGAACUGCACCAAGGAAGGCCCUGCCAUCCACCAGCAACACUGGGACUACCAGGAGAAUGGAAUGAUUGUUCACAUUCUUUCUGGGAGAUGCAUGGAAGCUGUGGGUCAGGAGAACAAUAAAGACCUGUACUUGCGCGAGUGCGAUGGAAAGGCCAGCCAGCUGUGGCACUUUGACAACGUCAGCACUGUGGAUGAACGAUGAGUGCCAUGUCAGAAGGGAGAGAGAAGUGGGGCCGCUGCAGUUCCACCCCAGCGAACCACAGCAGCCUGUGCCUUUCAUGGAGCAGACCAUGGUGUCUGUGCAGUGGUGAGAACAGAGACCAAAGCUCCUCAAAUGAAUAUAGAAAGUCUUUCCUUCUGGCCCCUUAUUUCAUGGACCCCUGGCUGUUGAGGAAGACAAAACAAAACAAAACCAUGGACCCGUUGUCUCAUUGUCUUCAUCACUAGGAGAUGCCCAAUGCAUAGUACAGAAGAUUCUUGUAUUGCUUUUUGUUUUUCCAUUGAGCACUAAAAAUUGCUUUUUUCUCUGAUGAAGGAAAGAGGCCUGUUGAUACCUUCAGGAUACACAAUUCCAAUCCCUCAAUUUAUUUCAAAUGGUCUUACCUUGAAUUGUCUGGGUAGCUGACCAUGAAAAUUAAAGUGUGAAGAGAGUGCAAAGGCCUGACAUCCAAAAACCUUUGGAUCAGGCUUAUGAGUCAGAUUACAUGUACAUUGGUUGAGCCAUAGCUCAGAGGAGAGAAGGGAAACAAGCUGCCAAGAGAAAAGUAGGGUGGGAGGGAGAAUUGGCCCACUUCUUUAGCUCAGCCUAGCAGCUGAAAAGAGUCAGCAGACCUGGAAUAGAGGUUUUCCUGUUUAUGAGAACUUCCUUGGAAAUUUCUACCUCCAUUCACCCUGCCCUGGCCGCUCUCUAGCUUAAUUAACCACAAUCAGGUUUCAUGCAAUAUGCUUCUCUUUAGUCAUCGGUGUUGGGUCAGCUUAGACUGAACACUCCCACUACCAGAAGGGUGUACAGUUGAGAAACUCUUCGGAUGCCCUGUAACAGGUUUUGCAUUGACUGGAUCAGAACGAGACACCUUUGCAAAGAGGCAAACCUCACUGAAAGCAAAAUGCCAGCGUCUGGGCCAGAACUGUUAUGAGAGGGAACUAGAGUUGGGUGUUAAUGUCCAUGAGAACUGACAGGGCUGUCUCUGAGUCCCAGAUGUCUGGGACCCCCAGAUAUGCCCACCUCUGAACAUUCAGCCAUGGCAGAUACAGAGCCCACGCUUGUGAAAGCUGGAAGCCUCUCUUACAGCCCACCUGGUUCGGCCAUAAGAGUUGGGGGUUGGUUCUGCAAUUAAGAAGACAUUGUUGGAGUGCCCACUGUGGCUCAGUGGAUUAAGAACACAAUAUAGUGUCUAUGAGGAUGGAGGUUUGAUCCCUGGCCUCGCUCAGUGGGUUAAGGAUCUGGCAUCGCUGCAGGCUGCAGCAUAAGUCACAGAUGUAGCUCAGAUCUGGUGUUGCUGUGGCUGUGGUGUAGGCCGGCAGCUGCAGCUCCAAUUAGACCCCUGGCCUAGGAACUUCCAUAUGCCGCGGGUGUGGCUGUAAAAAGGAAAAAAAAAAAAGACAUUGUCCAUGUCUCUUCCAAAUGGAGCUCCCUCUCCACAUGGUCAACUUAGAACUCUCUCCUCAAAGACGUUGCUCUCCUCUGGCUGUCUCAAAUAAGAAACACUGCGUAGGAAGUGAGGGUUUCCAAACAAUACACGUCAUCACUGUGCAUCCCUUCUCUACCUGCUGAAGUCAAUGGCCAACUGCAUUUCUCCUUCCUCAGAACACACUCUGGACCUGGGCUAGGGGCCCUGGCCACACAGGGCUAUCUAUGCGUAAAUUCAUUAAAAUUAAAGAAAGUUUAGAUUCAGCUCCUCAGUCGUAAUGGUCACAUUUCAAGGACUCAAUAGUCACUGUGUUGGCCAGCACAGAUGACAGAACAUUCCAUCAGUGUGGACAGGCUGCCUGGAUAGCACUGAUCUAGAGAUUUAUCACCCCAUUGAGAGAAGAGAUCCAACCACAGUCUUCUUCCUUCAGACUUGUCUAUAUUAAACACGAACUCCCCUAACAUCCUGAGGCUGAGACAGAGCUAAAAGUUCUCAGAUGGCAACCGUGUAAAGGGUAUUAAUGGUUGAAAAAUAAACAUUAAACAAGACCUCUAUUUUUCUUUUCUUUUUUGGGGGGUCUUUUUGUCUUUUUAGGGCUGCACCCAAGGCAUAUGGAGAUUCCCAGGCUAGGCGUCCAAUCGGAAUUGUACCCACUGGCCUGUGCCAGAGCCACAGCAGCAAUGGGAUUCGAGCCAAGUCUGCGACCUACACCACAGCUCAGGGCAAUGCCAGAUCCUUAACCCACUGAGCGAGACCAGGAAUCGAACCUGUGUCCUCAUGGAUGCUAGUCAGGUUCACUAACCACUGAGCCACGACAGGAACUCCAAGACCUCUAUUUUUCAAAUGAACUUUGUUAUUGGCAUUGUUUGUAUUUGAAGUUGCUGGAAUAAAUUAAUAUAAUUAAAUAAAAGGCUGAAUUCAAUUGUA